UAUAAUUCCCCAGUUACGUUGAGUCCCCAAUUCCCAUACGGAUGUUGCUUUUUCUAGUAAGAGCUUCGCAAGGAUUUCCCGAUUUCCUUCCUCUCCCCUCUCCCAAUGAUAUCCACACUGGUUAUCUUGAAGUAGCCCGCGGGUCCCGUCCGUUCCCUUCCCCCAACAAUCGACAAAUCGAACCUAGACUUUUUUUUUUUUUUUCUUUUACGCUUUGUUUUGCUUUCCCCCAAUCUUCAAAACCGGGCAGUGCUACGAUCUAUCGAUCAGCAGCAUGGAGCUUUUACCAAAUGAGGGUUAGAACAAGCGAUCCCACGGGAUGAGAGGUAACACUCAUCUUGGGUUCCCGACUAGCGUGCGAUGGUGGCUCGAUGGACAAGACAUCAGAUCUCGACCAAAUGGGUUUUCUGCACAUAGCCCCACCGCGGAUAACCCCGCUGACUGGAUGGAACAAAGAACCGUAAUGGAAGGCGCUUGGCCAUCUUAAAUUUUAGAUGGGGUACCUACUCUUUAAGCAUGAAGAAUUCGCAAGCCAAGCAUCACCGCUAGAG